ACAACAUUGACCAGUCUUUUAGUUGACAAUAUGACAGUAUUGUCACAAAUGGUCAAUAAUAGCUCAGACGGUCCCUCCCGAACCCCCGCUCCUUAUGUUUCGCCACCAAUACUCAAGAAAGUUCACGACAUCCUAAUUGUUGUGCUUCUCGUGUCUGUCAUGUUUGCAAUGGGCUGUUCAAUCACUUGGGAUCAGGUUUGGGGACACAUACGACGCCCGGUUGGUGUCAUAAUAGGGAUGUUUAGUCAAUUUUUUUUGCUGCCAUUCUCUGCCUAUUGUCUCAUUAAAUUUCUAUCUAUUGAUGCUUUACGCGGCACUGGAAUGUUGAUACUCGCCUGUAGUCCUGGUGGUGUCGCCUCCAAUAUAUUUGCCUAUUUUUGUGAGGGAGAUCUAUCCUUGAGCGUAACGAUGACAUCAUUUUCAACAAUUGCUGCCUUAUUUAUGAUGCCUUUUAAUGUAUGGCUUUAUGGGCGAAGUCUGGAAACGGAAAGUCUGGUCAUACCAUACGGAAAAAUGAUGAUAUCUUUGCUAUCACUGACCACACCCGUCAUCGUUGGUAUGAUUGUCAACUGGAAGUUUCCUAAGUUUGCACCCAUUUUAGCUCAGAUUGGAAGUUAUGCGGGAUUUUCAAUAAUAGCUGUUUGCCAGACACUGGAAGUGUUUAUAUUUCCAAACAUCUUUCAUGGCGUUCCUCUAUCCAUAUAUGUGGCUGAGUUGGCUCUACCAUUAUUAGGCUUUACUUUGGGUUAUUUAGCCGCCAGUAUAUUCCGAUUAAAGCACUCAUUCCGGCGCACUAUAGCUAUAGAAGCGGGAAUACAGAACGUGGGCACUGCCCUCACCAUCAUUUCGCUGUCAUUUCCUUAUGAGCAAUUGCCUAAAGUGUGGUUAUUUCCCUUUAUGUAUGCCUUCUCGAUGUUUGCAAUUUGUAUAAUAAUUGCCACUUUAUAUCGAUUACAUAAGCGAUUCUUCGGCAGAUCACUGGAUAUUGUAUUAUCAGAAAAAACCAACAAUUUUGGACAAAACCAAGGAAAGAUUACGAUAUCAACGGUGGAGACCAUAUCACACGCAAUGCCAGCUUAACGAUCAAACAAAUGGAU